AUUUGUUUUUACCGCGUCGAGUCAUAAUAUAAAUUUCUAUUUCGAAUUUUCUUCUGCGGUUUGUUUUUUUGUAUGUUUUUUAUUUGGAAGAGACGAUGUUUCCGCAAAGCUCGCAAAGAAGGUAUUGGAUGUAUAGCGAUGAAAAUGAUCUAGCUGCAUUAAGAGAAAAGACUAAUGCAGAGUUUAUUGAAAAGCAUGGGGUGCACAUGACGCCUGAGGAAAGGGAGGAACAUUUCUUAUCGCAUACAGAGGAACGUACUCUUCUUCGUUUCUAUGAAUUACAAUUGAGAGAUUUCUGUAGACGGUUUAGCCCUCCAAUGCCAAGAGCUACUAUAGCCACUGCAUUGCAUUACUUCAAAAGAUUCUAUCUGAGAAAUAGUGUUAUGGAUUACCAUCCAAAAGAGAUUCUGGUCACAUGUGUCUACCUGGCUUGUAAAGUAGAAGAAUUCAAUGUUUCCAUAUAUCAGUUUGUUGCUAACAUUAAGGGGGAUAGAGAAAAAGCAUCUGAUAUCAUACUGAACAAUGAAUUGCUCCUUAUGCAACAGUUGAAUUAUAAUUUAACUGUACAUAAUCCAUUUAGACCAGUAGAGGGUCUGAUGAUAGAUAUCAAGACAAGGUACACUUCAUUGGAAAAUCCAGAAAGGCUGAGGCCAUAUAUAGAUGAAUUUUUGGAAAGAGUAUUCUUGACUGAUAGUGUGUUGCUUUAUACCCCAAGUCAAGUUGCCUUAGCUGCAACAUUGCAUGCUGCAUCCAGAGCCUCUGCUAACUUGGACAAUUAUGUCACUGAUAUCUUGUUUUCUAAAGAGCACUUAGGGUGUAUAAUUGAGGCAGUAAGAAAAAUAAGAUCAAUGGCUAAGUGUGUAGAACCACCCUCAAGGGAAGUGGUAAGGGCUUUGGAAAAGAAAUUAGAAAAAUGUAGAAACCAGGAAAAUAAUCCUGAUAGUGAUAUAUAUAAACAAAGAAUGCAAGAAAUGCUGGAUGAAGAAGAUUUGCAGGACAAUGAAAAAUAUGCUAAAAUUAUGCAAGAUCAAGCAGCCCAUGAUGAGAAGAUUUUGGGUGUCAGCAAAGUUCUGUCCCCUUCUGCUCUUUAAUAAAUCUUCUAUGUUUUAGAUAUCAUCAAUUUCCCUUUUUUCUACUGUUAUAUUGUACAGAUAAUAAAUAAUUUAUUUAUUCCUAUUUUUUUAUAACAGUAUACAAGAAAGGAUCGCACUAUUAUUUAUUAAUAAAUAAUCAUAUCAA